GACUUCAUCUGGGCCAAGCGAACCCGAUAUAACAGGGCCUUUAUUGUUGAUAUUCGUGACUUAUUUGUAUUUCGACCGAAUGCAUGUGAGGCUAUAGGUGGCUGAACCGAGAGCUCGCGUGCCAAACCACUGAGCGGAUUGUCUCUCCCGGGGCUCUCGAGCCGUAUUGUGCGUCAUUUUCAUAGCUGCAUCUUGUUUUUCUAUCGAGGCAACAUGGCAACUCCCGCCGCGGUCAAUCCAUCGGAGAUGGGCAGUGAGUUGCCGGGGCCCGUUACUAUGCCGGGGGCGGUGGUGGGGGCGGGCCAAGUGAGGAUGGGCGGAGCCAUGCCGGGCCGUGGGGGCAAGAGGAGAUCCGGAGGGAUGGACUUUGAUGACGAGGAUGGGGAAGGACCAAGUAAAUUUUCAAGGUAUGAUGAUGAUGAUCAGAUACCUGGUGAUGAUAAGGAGAGAUAUGCCAGAGAGAACCACAGCGAGAUAGAGCGGCGUCGCCGUAACAAGAUGACCCAGUACAUCACGGAGCUGUCGGACAUGGUGCCCACCUGCAGCGCUCUGGCCCGCAAGCCAGACAAACUGACUAUCCUCCGCAUGGCCGUGUCCCACAUGAAGUCCAUGAGAGGGACCGGGAACACGUCCACUGACGGGGCGUACAAGCCCUCCUUCCUGACCGAACAGCAGGGUCUACAAACCCUCCUCCUCAGCAAACAGGAGUUGAAGCACCUCAUCCUGGAGGCGGCCGACGGCUUCCUGUUUGUGGUCGCCGCGGAGACGGGCCGCGUGAUCUACGUGUCUGACUCUGUGACACCGGUGCUCAACCACCCGCAGUCGGAGUGGUUUGGCAGCACGCUGUAUGAGCAAGUGCAUCCUGACGACGUGGACAAGCUGCGGGAACAGCUCAGCACCUCAGAGAAUUCCAUGACAGGGCGUAUCCUGGACCUGAAGACAGGAACAGUGAAGAAAGAGGGGCAACAGUCAUCUAUGAGGAUGUGCAUGGGCUCCAGACGAUCCUUCAUCUGCAGAAUGAGAUGUGGCAGCACCCCACUGGACCACAUCUCUCUCAACCGACUGUCCAACAUGAGGAAGAGAUACAGGAACGGUCUGGGACCCUCGAAGGAGGGAGAGGAUCAGUACUCUGUGGUGCACUGUACCGGCUACAUCAAAGCAUGGCCCCCAGCAGGUAUGACCAUACCAGAAGAAGACACAGAGGCAGGACAGACCAGUAAAUACUGCCUUGUAGCCAUCGGAAGACUGCAGGUGACCAGUUCUCCCGUUUCCAUGGAUAUGAACGGCCUGACGGUUCCCACGGAGUUCCUGUCGCGCCACAACUCCGACGGCAUCAUCACUUUCGUGGACCCGCGGUGCAUCAACGUGAUUGGAUACCAGCCUCAGGAUCUGCUGGGGAAAGACAUCCUGGGUUCUGUCACCCAGAGGACCAGAGUCACCUGAGAGAGAGCUUUCAACAGGU